AUGAGUUCUCCUAAGACUAGUCCACGGGACGCGGGGUUGGAGAGAGUGUUACUGUACUUGCAGACGAGGGGCGACCCACGGGCGGGAUCUGGAUCUAUGAAUGGUAACGGCGUCGAUGUCGACCGGGCCUCGCGUGUGGACGACUACUCGAAUUAUGGGUUUAGGUAUUUCCUGGAGUCUCCGAUAUCGACCAGUCAGAGGAAGGAGGAUGAUAGAAUCACGUACAUAAAUAAGGGACAAUUCUAUGCUGUUACGUUGGAGUACGUACCUGAUCCGGAGAACCCUCUCAAAUCAACGACCGUUCGGAGCGUCAUUGUGUUGGUGUUUCGCGAAGAGAAAACGCCAGAAGACGAGGUGAAAUCGUGGCAGUUCUGGCACGGACGACAGCACAACUCGAAGCAGCGAAUCUUGGAUGUUGAGCAUUUUUCUUUGUUGCGCAAAGAACCAUUGUGUCGCCACUGA